AUGCUGACAAUAACUCAAGCUUUUGUAGUCCUGCUCAUUGUUUUGCUGACUGUUGAGUUUUUCAGACUGAAAAAGGUAUGCAAGCAAUUGCCUCCUGGACCAACUCCUCUCCCAUUGCUUGGAAACUUGCUGCAUCUGAGAUUUCAGUUUCACCGGGAUCUUCUGAUGGAGCUGGCAAAAACUCAUGGUAACAUGUAUACUUUGUGGUUUGGAUGGAACCCAGUGGUCAUACUGAAUGGAUAUCAAGCAGUUAAGGAUGGCCUCACUACACACCCUGAAGAUGUUUCUGGGCGGCUGGUGACACCUUUCUUCAGAGCAAUGGCCAAAGGAAAAGGUAUCAUCCUGGCAACUGGUCACUCCUGGAAGCAGCAGAGACGCUUUUGUAUAAUGACUCUACGCAAUCUGGGAGUGGGGAAAAAAGGCCUGGAGCAUCGAGUGCAAGAGGAGGCCUCUCACCUGGUGGAGUCCUUUAUGAACCUAAAAGGGAGACCCGUGGAUCCUUCUUUCCGUCUUUUCCAUUCUAUUUCAAAUGUGAUUUGUGCUCUGGUUUUUGGAUAUCACUUCUCUGAUGAGGACAAAACCUUCCAGGAACUGAUCCGUGCCGCAGAGAAAAUAUUCAGAUUUGGAGGCACUUUGGCUCAUCAGCUGUAUGAGAUCCUCCCCUGGCUGAUGUGCUAUCUGCCCGGCCCUCAUCAGAAAGUGUUGUUAUCCUAUGAUGUCCUGAGCAAUUUUGUUCGGAGGGAGAUCAGCAGGCAUGUGGAGAGAGGGACACCAGAUGAACCACAGGACUUCAUUGACUUUUACCUGGCUGAGAUGGAGAAAUCUAAAGAUGGGGUCAACCUCAAGUAUGAUGAAGAAAAUUUGGUAUAUGUUAUAAAUGAUCUUUUCCUUGGUGGAUCAGAGACCUCGAGCACGACGUUGUACUGGGGACUGCUCUAUAUGGUACUGAACCCAGACAUCCAAGAGAAAGUGCAGAAGGAGCUGGAUGCUGUUGUGGGUCCCUCCCGGUUAAUCUGCUACGAGGAUCGGCGAGAGCUGCCCUACACCAACGCCGUGGUGCACGAGAUCCAGCGCUUGGGCAACAUUGUCUCUGUUGGCAUGCCCAGGGUGUGUGUGAGGGACACCACGCUGCUGGGAUUUCCUGUCAAAAAGGACACCAUUGUUAUUCCAAGUAUAGCAUCUGCUCUGUAUGACCCUGAGCAAUGGGAGACACCUCGUCAGUUCAACCCUGGCCACUUUCUGGAUAAAGAAGGAAACUUUAUCCCUCGAGAAGCCUUCUUACCGUUCUCAGCAGGGCACCGUGUGUGUUUGGGGGAGCAUCUAGCCAGGACAGAGCUCUUUAUAUUCUUUGCCAGCCUGCUGCGAGCAUUCACCUUCCAGCCCCUGGAGGGGGUGACCAAGAUCAACACAGAGCCCGUUUUUGGGGGCACACUUCAGCCUCACCCCUACCAAGUUCGUGCCAUCCCACGCUAG